AUGGUCAUUCCACGUGAGCGUAUCGCGACAGGUGACUAUCUUACGCGGCUGUACGUGCAAGUGAACAUCGAAGUACCUGCUGAUGAGAUAAGUGGAGGCGAUAUUCUGGACCCAGCCACAAUCGACGCGGAUAAGGAAGCGCGGCGGAAAGCUAGGGAAAGAAGGGCAAAGAUCACCCUAGAGGGACUCUUGCAGCAGGCUCAAGCAGUCUUCAAGCCAUACCAUAUCAAGCUGAAAGAUGGUGCUGAAGUGGAUUGGUGGGCAGCGUAUCAAAUUGGGCAGCGCAUGACUGAGCGGUUCUUGCAAAAAUCCUCUGACGGCGUGCCUCGAGUGUUCAUCGCGGGUGAUGCCUGCCACACCCAUUCGCCCAAGGCUGGGCAGGGCAUGAACGUCUCGAUGAUGGACUCGUUCAACCUAUCUUGGAAGCUUGCAUAUCACCUCAAUGGCUUAGUCCCACCAGGCGGUCAGGGUACCAAUGGCUCCAUCGAGCUGCUCGAUUCAUAUGAGCUCGAAAGGCGCGAGAUUGCCCGUGAACUCAUUGAGUUUGAUCACAAGUUCUCAUCGAUGUUCUCUGGCCAGAUUGAUGCUGAAGGGGAAGAGGAAGGCUUGACCCACGAGCAGUUCGUGGAGGUGUUUUCCACUGGCAACGGAUUCACCAGCGGAUGUGGGAUAGAAUAUCCAGACAGUGACUUGGUCCUCAAAGAGAGUGCAAACAGCCCGGUCUAUGGUACGGAUUUUCUUAGCGGAGUUUUGAGGCCCGGCCGUCGCCUUCUCAAUGUCAGAGUUAUCCGUCACGCAGAUGGUAAUCCCCGUGACUUGCAAGACGAUUUCCUCUUCACCGGACGUUUCCGGUUGUUGGUCCUGACAUCGACGGACCUCCUCGAUAUGCAUGGCCGUUCAGCCAGCGCCCUUGACGCCAUUGAUCACAUCAUGGAGCUGUAUGGUGAAGAUCUUAUUGAACUUGUGGUCUUGCAUCCUAUUGGCACUAACACACGCGACAUAUCGUGGGAGGCGUUGCCACGUGCAAUAAAGAAGUACGCGGAGAUGAGCUUUCACUCCGCGUGGGAUACCGAAACGCCUGUGGGUAAGGAACAUGUACGUAGAGGCGUUUACAAGGCCGAGGAUGCCUAUGCUAUCUUCGGAGUGAGCAAGGACCAGGGCGCGAUCUGUGUUGUCAGACCAGAUGGAUACGUUGGUGCCCUCGCAUCACUGGAAGAUGUGGAAAGAGCAGAGCGAUACUUGACAACGUGGCUCCAGCCUCGUUGA